AUGGAUGUUAACCAAGUUCUUCUGAACACUUUUUCAGCGGACGCCUCAACUAGAGGAGCCGCAGAACAACAGCUCACAAACGCUGCAGACUCAAACUUUUCUGAAUAUGUAAUAACUCUCGUGCGAGAGCUUGCAAAUGAAGAGGCACAAGGACCAGUCCGGGCAGCGGCUGGUAUCGCCCUCAAAAAUGCAUUUACAGCGAGAGAAUUUGCACGCUUACACGACUUGCAAGAAAAAUGGCUUCGAUUAGACGAGGAGACAAAGAAACAUGUUAGAGAUCUAACACUUCGCGCUCUAGCAUCAAAUAAUAGCCAAGCCGGAUCUGCCGCGGCGCAAGUUGUAGCAUCAAUAGCAGCCAUCGAACUACCCCGCAAUCUUUGGCCCGGUCUUAUGCCUAGCCUCGUUCAGAACGUCGGAGAGGGUGGCGACCACUUAAAGCAAACUUCUUUAACAACGAUUGGUUUUAUUUGUGAGAGUCAAGAUGCAGAAUUACGAGCUAGCCUUGCCCAACACUCGAACGCCAUUCUUACCGCCGUCGUUCAGGGUGUAAGGAAAGAGGAACCAAACCCUGAGGUCCGUUUGGCCGCCAUAUACGCUCUAGGCGAUUCGCUUGAGUUCGUGGAUAGCAACUUUAAAAAUGAGGGAGAACGCAAUUACAUCAUGCAGGUAAUCUGCGAGGCAACUCAGUCUCCUGACAUCCGAAUACAACAGGGAGCGUUUGGAUGUUUAAAUAGGAUCAUGGCGCUUUACUACGAGUUCAUGCGCUUCUACAUGGAGAAGGCUCUCUUUGGCCUUACAAUUUCUGGAAUGAAGAGCGCCGAAGAGGAUGUCGCCAAGCUUGCCGUUGAAUUCUGGAGCACAGUGUGUGAAGAAGAAAUAGCGAUCGAGGAUGACAACGCACAGAUUGAAAAUGCCGAUCAGAUGCGAGAAAUAUUCCACUUUUGCGUAAUUGCUACCACAGAAGUUGUCCCAGUCUUGCUAAAUCUCCUGACAAAGCAAGAUGAAGACGCUGGAGAUGACGAAUAUAAUAUCUCUCGAGCUGCUUAUCAAUGUCUACAACUUUACGCACAGUGUGUCGGUGGAACAAUAAUCCAGCCUGUUCUCAGUUUUGUCGAAGCUAACCUCCGUCAUGAAGACUGGCAUAACCGAGAUGCCGCUGUCUCUGCAUUUGGUGCUAUUAUGGAAGGACCUGAAGAGAAAGUAAUCUCUCCUAUCGUAAAGCAAGCUUUACCUGUCGUGAUAAAAAUGAUGGAAGAUCCUGUGAUACAUGUCAAAGAUUCUACAGCCUAUGCCCUUGGUCGUAUCACAGAGGCAUGUUCAGAUGCUAUAGAGACGGAAAGUCUACUUCCACAACUAAUCAAGUCACUAUUCGAAGGUCUUGUGGCCAACCCUAAGAUGGCUGGUUCGUGUUGCUGGGCACUGAUGAAUCUUGCAGAAAGAUUUUCUGGCGAAAUUGGUUGCCAACAGAAUGCAUUAACGCCCCAUUUUAACGAUAGUAUUUCAAACUUACUUCAAGUCACCGAAAGGCCUGAUGCCGACAACCAACUUAGAACUGCAGCAUAUGAGGUGCUGAACACGUUCGUUCAGAACGCUGCAAAUGAUAACCUACCAGCAGUCGCUUCACUUUCUGAAGUUAUCAUUAAACGCCUCGAAGGAACAAUCCCUCUACAGAGCCAAGUUGUCAGUAUAGAAGAUAAAAUUACACUCGAAGAGAUGCAAACUAGCUUGUGUACCGUUCUGUUGGCCAUUUUACAACGUUUAGAGAAAGAAAUUGCCCCACUAGCUACCCAAAUCAUGACUGUCUUACUCCAGAUCCUAUCUACAACCAAUGCCAAGUCCAGCGUUCCAGAUGCAGUUUUCGCUGCUGUGAGUGGAUUAGCCAAUGCAUUAGAAGACGGCUUCGGUGCCUAUAUGGAACCAUUUUCACCAUAUCUUUACAACGCACUUGGUAACCAAGAAGAACCUGCUCUAUGCUCUAUGGCUAUCGGGCUAGUUAGUGAUAUUACCCGCUCAAUGGGACCUCAUUGCCAACCAUACUGUGACACUUUUAUGAACUAUCUCUUAAACAACUUGAGGAGUACCGCGCUUGCCAACCAGUUCAAACCAGCAAUUCUUCAAUGCUUCGGCGAUAUUGCAGGCGCUAUUGGUGGUCACUUUGAAACCUACCUAUCCGUAGUUGCACAAGUCCUACAGCAAGCUUCAAGUGUGCAAGCAGGCCCUGAUGGCUCAUACGAGAUGUUUGACUACGUCGUCUCUCUACGGGAGGGGAUCAUGGAUGCGUGGGGUGGGAUUAUAGGAGCUAUGAAGUCUGAUGGAAAGACUGCUCUGUUACAAACAUAUGUCGAAUCGGUAUUUUCCCUUCUUAAUACCGUCGCUAUAGAUCAGAAUAAGAGUGAUGCGUUAAUGCGAUCAUCUAUGGGUGUCAUAGGUGACCUCGCCGACGCCUUCCCCCAUGGUGAAUUUUCGAAUUUCUACCGAGCAGAAUGGCUGGCACAGAUGAUAAAAGAUACUCGCAAAAAUCGUGAAUAUCAACCUCGCACGAUCGAGACAGCUCGAUGGGCCCGCGAACAACUUAAGCGUCAAAUUGGUGGUACUGAGGGUAUUCAACAGACCUGA